AUGUCUGUCACAAAAGUACACGCCCGCCAGAUCUUCGACUCCCGUGGAAACCCCACCGUCGAGGUCGACCUUUACACGGCGAAGGGCCGCUUCCGUGCCGCCGUGCCGUCCGGUGCUUCUACUGGUAUCCACGAAGCUGUCGAGCUCCGAGAUGGGGACAAGGCCAACUAUGUGGGCAAGGGUGUCCUCAAGGCUGUCGCGAACGUGAACGACACCAUCGCGGCUGAGCUGAUCAAGUCUGGCCUCAAGGUUACCCAGCAGAAGGAAAUUGAUGACUUCCUCAUCAAGCUCGACGGCACGCCCAACAAGGGAAAGCUCGGCGCCAACGCGAUCCUUGGUGUCUCCAUCGCCGUCGCUGAGGCUGGUGCCGCGGAGAAGGGCGUUCCCCUCUACCAGCACCUCGCGGACCUCGCUGGUGUUAAGCCGCCAUUCGUCCUCCCUACCCCUGCGUUCAACGUCAUCAAUGGUGGCUCGCAUGCCGGCAACAAGCUCGCGUUCCAGGAGUUUAUGCUCCUGCCCACGGGCGCAUCAAGCUUCACGGAGGCCAUGAAAAUCGGGACGGAAACAUACCACACCCUCAAGAAGGUCAUCAGCGCGAAGUACGGUAUUGACGCCGUCAACGUCGGUGACGAGGGUGGUUUCGCCCCCAACGUGUCCGGCGCAGAGGAGUCGCUCGAGCUGCUUUCCGAGGCCAUCAAGAAGGCGGGCUAUGAGGGCAAGAUCAAGAUCGGUCUCGACGUCGCGUCGUCCGAGUUCUACAAGGACGGCAAGUACGACCUUGACUUCAAGAACCCGAACUCGGACCCCACAAAGUGGAUCUCAGGUGUUGAGCUCGCGGACCUGUACCUCAGCUACGUGAAGAAGUACCCGAUCGUGUCGAUCGAAGACCCCUUCGACCAGGAUGACUGGGAGGCGUGGACGCACUUCACGAGCCAGAGCGGCAUCCAGAUUGUCGGUGAUGACCUGACGGUGACAAACCCCCUGCGCAUCAAGACCGCGAUCGAGAAGAAGGCGUGCAACGGUCUCCUGCUCAAGGUAAACCAGAUCGGUACCAUCUCGGAGUCGAUCCAGGCUGCGCAGCUCGCACAGUCCGACGGCUGGGGUGUCAUGGUCUCCCACCGUAGCGGUGAGACGGAGAACACAGUCAUCGCGGACCUCGUCGUCGCCCUCGGUGUCGGUCAGAUCAAGACCGGUGCGCCCGCGCGCAGCGAGCGUGUCGCGAAGUACAACGCGCUUCUCCGCAUCGAGGAGGAGCUCGGCAAUGGUGUGUACGCAGGAGAGAAGGGCCUGUCUGCGGGCCUCACGGCGCCGGCGCUGCUCAAGAAGUAAAAAGGAUCGAAUCGCGAAGUGUAUGCUGAGAAGUCCACUGCUGAUAUAAUAGACUGUAAUGUGAUGUUGUAUUUUGGCGCGGAACCAAUGAAGUGGUGUUUUGUCAAA